AUGCCAUCAUUUCGAAGUUCUCGUCGAGUUACCGGCCUCAAAGAUAGUGACUACGACCACGAGAUUAACCUUGUCAAUCACGACGACCGCGUCGCGUCCCCGAGCAUCGAGACCAUUGGCCGAGUUACGCGCGCAUCAACCCGAUCACGACUGCUUCAAGAUGAAGAUCAAGAGGGGGGCGAUGAUGUAAAUGCACGCGCGAACGGCGCUACGGACUGCGACGCUGGCCAUGAUUCUGGCCCCUAUCGGCAAUCAAUAGAACGAGAACAGAACCAGCAGCCCAAGCCCGCGAAACGAAAGGGUGCGCUAAUGCUCGAGCCUCAAACCAUCGCCGCUACCAACGCACCAUCAAUCCAAGUCGAAGAACCCACGCCGCAGGAGGGUCCAAUGCCCGUAAGAAAUGAUACCCAAAGAGCAAGGCCUGCAACAGCAGAGCGAGAAACGGCCGUCGACGUCCUGUGGGAGAACGAGAGAGGCUGUAUAGCCUGCGGCAUCGCCCUAUUUUCUGGGAAGGCUCUGGGCAACCUCGACCCCUCGCCAUGGCAGAACCAGUUUCACAAGACAAGUCCCACGACGAUCAAGACGGCCCAAGUUCCCGAUCCAUCAUGGGAGUGGGCAUGGCCUGAGUGGAGGGUCCAUCGACCCGAAGGCGUCACCGCGGAUGAAUACGGAUGGGAAUACUCGUUCAUGUUCUCCAAGAAGUUUUCCUGGCAUGGCCCGAAGUGGUGGAACUCAUUCGUUCGCAGGAGAUGCUGGGUUCGCAAGCGAAUCAAGAAGAAACCCGAGAACAUUUCAGAUGACCCCCAUAUGCUGAACUCGGAUUAUUUCACAGUAACGCCUGCCAACCACAGCCGCUCAUCGAGCGUAGCGGGCAGCAGGCGAGGUAGCGUCGGCAAGACGAGCAUGCAGACGAGUGUGGUGGAGGAGAAGCCUGACAUCGAGGAUGUAUGGACGCUCAUGGCGGUUCUGCGAGCUUCGCGGAUCGACCGCGAGAAGAUUGAGGCCGUCGAAAACUAUCUGGCACACGCAAAAGACAACCUCGAGCACUUGCAAGAUGAGAUGCACGAUAUUAUGGGCAUUUUCGUUUUCCAGGCCUCAAGAAGGCUUCUGCUGAGUCGCUUGACGCAGAUCUAUGAUGAUGCGAUCGCCGCAGAUGAGGAGCAGGACGGCGACAAUGGCAUGGCCAAGGAGAGAAAGGAGCAUCUCGCUGCGGCUAUCAAGCACGCCGAUGAGGAGGUAAAACGAUUGUCGUAUUGGAGCGACGUCAAGGGCUUGGCAGAGAAUGGCGAAGCUAAGCACGCUGUGGCAGAAAAUGAGGGUUGGAACGAGAGUUGGCAAGGCGUUGAUCAGAGCGGCCCGGCACACGUCAACUCUGGCGCCUUGCCUGGAUCGCCAAGUAAGUAA